CAGAUCGUACACUUUAAUCUCAAUUUGCUUCCUCCUCGUGUGAGUUUGGCUGAUCACUUGCAGCGACACUUCUUCCGCACUCUGAGAGGCUCAUGGCUCGGCGGCCACGGAAUAGUUUAUACAGUAGUGAUGAGGAAGAAGAAGAGAUUGAAAUGUUUGAUCAUGAUUAUGAUGGCCCCCAACCAAAGUCUUGCAAACGCCAGUUAAGUAAAACUCGAUGGACGCGUGAGGAGGAUGAAAAGCUGAAGAAAUUAGUUGAACAACAUGGAACCGAAGACUGGAAAGUGAUUGCUAAUUUCCUUCCAAAUCGGACCGAUGUGCAGUGCCAACACCGCUGGCAAAAAGUUCUAAAUCCUGAACUUAUUAAAGGCCCUUGGACGAAAGAAGAGGAUCAAAGGGUAAUAGAACUUGUUCAGAAAUAUGGCCCAAAACGCUGGUCUGUUAUCGCAAAGCACUUAAAAGGCAGAAUAGGAAAACAAUGCCGGGAGCGAUGGCACAAUCAUCUGAAUCCUGAAGUUAAAAAAACUUCCUGGACUGAAGAAGAAGACAGAAUUAUAUAUCAAGCACAUAAAAGACUUGGAAAUAGAUGGGCAGAAAUUGCAAAACUUCUUCCUGGAAGGACUGAUAACGCUAUCAAGAACCACUGGAAUUCGACAAUGCGUCGUAAAGUAGAGCAAGAGGGCUAUCUGCAGGAGUCUUCGAAAAUUAGUCAGCCAACAGUGACCACAAGUUUUCAAAAAAAUAAUCAUAUCAUGGGUUUUGCCCAUACUCCUCCAUCUGCCCAAUUACCAACUUCCCAGCCCCAAGUAAAUGGUGACUAUGCAUAUUUUCACAUUCCUGAUCCACAAGAGAUUUCAAAUCAGAUGCCUUACCCAGUGGCUCUACAUAUGAACAUGGCCAAUAUUCCCCUACCAGGCACUGCAGCUAUUCAGAGGCACUAUAAUGAUGAAGACCCUGAAAAAGAGAAAAGAAUAAAGGAAUUAGAGUUGCUACUAAUGUCGACUGAAAAUGAACUGAGAGGGCAGCAGGCAUUACCAACUCAAGCGGCAGACUACUCUGGUUGGAAUGGUACUGUAGUCAUUGAUAAUACAGGAGUUCACAACAGCAGUGUGGCCAUUAGUUGCCUGGGAGAACAUCGGCAGCCAGCACAUCCACCUCACAUGGAACAUGGUUGCUUGCCAGAAGAAAGUGCAUCACCAGCAAGAUGCAUGAUUCAUUCUAAUGGAAUACUCUCACCAAUGAGAAGUGUUCCAAAUUCUGAAUACACAGAAACACUUCAACUGAUAGAUUCAGAUCCAUCUACAUGGGGUGAUCUCAGCAGUUUCGACUUCCUCGAAGGGGAAGACAACACAUCUAGGAAAAAUGUUACAGCCAAAAUCACACAGCUUCAGCACAAAGAACGCAGCGUUUGCCAGUGUGAAGGACUUACUAACACAAGCCUAAGCAAAAGCAUGGUGUGUCAGGGCUCCCCUGCUUCGCUCAGCUCACCCUCUCCUUCAAAGUCCAGCAAUCCACCAACUAUCCUUCGCUGCAAAAAGAGAGGGCAUCCUAACCACUCAGCUAAUGGUGAUAGUAAUUGCUCCACAUUAGCUGACUUCAGCUGCUCAACUCCCAAGCGUACCCAUGUCAAAGGCCUGCCCUUCUCUCCCUCACAGUUUUUAAAUACAUCCACAAAUGAUCACCUAGAAAUGGAACCACCUGCAUUAACUUCCACUCCAGUGUGCAAUCAAAAGACCAUUGUAACAACUCCACUACAUCGUGACCAAACACCUAAGCCUCAAAAAGAAAAUGAUGCUUUCAGAACUCCAAAUAUCAGACGUUCAAUAUUAGAAGGCUCACCUAGAACACCCACACCCUUUAAAAAUGCACUUGUUGCUCAGGAGAUUAAAUGUGGACCUUUGAAAAUGCUGGCAACAUCUCAUCUUGCAGACGACACUCAAGAUGUAAUUAAACAAGAACCCAAUGAAACUACAAUUAUAAGCAGUCUUCAUGAAAAUGGACAACCUCUUUUGAAGAAAAUUAAGCAAGAAGUGGAGUCUCCCGAUAAGAAAGUGAGAAAGUUCCUUACAUUGGCACCAUGGGAAAGGGAACACUUAAAUACUCAGCUUUUCUCACAGGGUCCUUUGGAAGAAGUACCUAUGCAAAAUAUCCUGACAAGUUCUGUAUUAAUGAUGCCUGUAUCAGAGAAGACUGAUGACCUUCUUAACAAGGCAUUUGCAGCACAAAUGAGCAAGCAAAUGGGCAGUUCUUUGCAGUUUUCUAAUACCUGGGAGGCUGUGGCAUGUGGAAAAACAGAAGACCAACUUAUUGUAACUGAGCAAGCACGCAAAUACAUGAACACCUUUUCUACUAGAACAUUAGUUAUGUAAUUUUUUUCCAACUAAGCAUUAAGAAGUAUUGAAACACAUUGUUGAGUCACAAUCCUCAUUUCUUCUUGUGAACUUCCCAUCAAUGGAUGUAGAGUAAUGUUUUAUGACAAUAAUUCAAUGGCACAAAUUUCAUUCUUCACUAAGCACAUUUCUGUUGUUUGUCAGACUAGAAGGGUUGUGUUUCACCAGCUAAAAAGACAAGUAGCACAAUUAUCUACAGUAAAAGAUGCUUGAAGUUACAAAAAUGAUUCCUUCUAUUUAAAAAUAAAACAAAUAAAUAUUUUCAGUUGUAGGCAGCAGACUGUAACAUAUCAGUAUUCCUUUUGUAUUGGGUGGCAGAAAAGCAAUUAGUUCUUGGAAGUACUUUGAUGUAAUUUAAAUAUGUAAGUUAAUAAAUUAAAUGAAAUGCACUGUUGACAAAAUAGAGGUAUAGCAUUACUACAAACCAAAUUAGAUGAAAAAAAUCAAGCUUUUGAAGAUGUAAAAUUGAUAGGUUUGAAGUACUGUUUUUGUUUGAUUUUUUUUGGGCCUUGUUUUGUGCCAUAUAUAUUAUACUACAAUGUACGUACAUGUAUAAUAUAUAUGUGCAUGUGUGUUUUUGUGUGUAGCUUGAAUAAUACUGAUACUGUAUGUAAAAACAAAGUUUUAUGUAUGAAACAUGUAUAUUUUAUCCAGUAAGUUAAUUUUGUAAAUGCCAAAUGGAUAAUGUGUUGUGCUGCUAAAGACUUUAGCAUGUCGACAUGCUGCAUGAAAUGGGCAGUAGAGUUAUCAGAGAAAAUGGUGUUAGUUGAUCAACAAUGCACUGGUAGCUAGUAUUUUUUUAAACCUAGCAUUUACAAAUACAAACUUUUGGGAAGUGAAAUGUUUUGUCUUAUUGUGACAAAAUGGAUAUGAUGCACCUUUUUGUAUUUUGGGAGAACACUGAUACAUUCACUAAUUUUUUUUUAUUUCUUUUGUCCCAUUCAUUUCAUAUUUAACUCAAGGCACUCUGGCCCAAAUGUUUUUCAAUGCAUUGAACAACUUCUGCAAGAAGUCUUGCCUUUGUUCUAUUGCCAUGUCCAACUCUUCUGGUAUAUAUACACCUAACACUUGAUUUUAAAACUAAAAUAGGUGAUUUUCAAAACGUACUACCUUAAUAUCAGCUUGGUGCAAAUUAUCUGCACCAGUAUUUUGACUACCAUUGUAUAGCCACUGCCAUGUACAGAAAAUAAA